GUGCCACGUGUUGUGUUCGUGCAACGUUGGAUAGAGAGGAUGCGGUGCUUGAGAAGGACGCUGGAGCUGCGACCAGCUUGGCGGUGGCGAAGCUUCGAUUACGGCGGAGGGGCUUAAAACGCAGCGCUCGUUCUCCGGCUGCAGGUUGUACUGAUCGGUCGGAAAAUUGAGAAUAAGAGAUGGCGGACCGUUUCUUUCCCAACCAAAUGCCCUACUUGGUCGAAGAAGAAGAAGAGCGAGACCAAGGCACACUCGCUUUGGACUCCCGCGAUUCGCUUCUGAGGCUUCUAUCAAUGCCGCUCUCUGCACUCUUCGAGAGGCUCAAACGGGCCGCCUUGGAUCUCAAAGAAACUGUGGUGUUGAAGACGUGGGGAUCCAUUAGGGGGUGCGUUCGAGACUUUACACUCUAUAGCGGGACACUUGGGACAGCUUUUUUGCUGCUUAAAUCCUACCAACUUACUAGGAACAGAAACGAUCUCAAUCUCUGCUCUGAGAUUGUCAAAGCUUGUUACUCUGCUUCUUUCCAAUCCAGGGAUGUGACUUUUAUAUGUGGGCGAGCUGGUGUUUGUGCCCUAGGUGCUGUUGCAGCGAAGCACUUGGGUGACCAUGAGUUGCUGAGUUACUACUUGGCCCAGUUUAAAGAGCAGAUUAAGCUGCCAAAGGAUCUUCCUGAUGAGUUGUUAUAUGGGAGAGCUGGGUUCUUAUGGGCUUGUUUGUUCCUAAACAAAUUUAUAGGGGAUGAAACUAUCCCUUCUAACCAUAUUGAUGUGGUUAUGAAUGAUAUUUUCAAGUCUGGGAGAAGAUUGGGUGCCAGGCUGAGUUGCCCUUUGAUGUUUGAAUGGUACAGUGAAAAUUACUGGGGUGCUGCCCAUGGAUUAGCUGGGAUUAUGCAUGUUUUGUUGCACCUAAAACUGAGUCCAGGUCAGGCUGAUGAGGUCAAGCACACUCUUAAAUACAUGAUUAAGUAUCGGUUUCCAAGCGGUAAUUACCCUUCAAGUGAGCAAGACAGGAAUAGGGAUCAUCUCGUGCAUUGGUGUCAUGGUGCUCCUGGGAUAGCCCUCACAUUGGUCAAAGCUGCGGAGGUUUUUGGAGAUGACAAAUUUCUGGAAGCAGCCGUUGAGGCAGCAGAGGUAGUUUGGAACCGUGGCUUACUCAAACGAGUUGGCAUUUGUCAUGGCAUAAGUGGGAAUACAUAUGUUUUCCUCUCUCUCUACAGAUUGACAGGAAAUAAGGUGUUCUUAUAUCGGGCCAAAGCAUUUGCUUGCUUUCUCCUGGAUAGAGCUCACAGGCUCAUCUCCGAGGGGCAGAUGCAUCGUGGAGACAAUCCCUAUUCAUUGUUCGAAGGGCUUGGAGGCAUGGCUUAUCUUUUCCUAGACAUGUUUGCUCCUGCUGAUGCUCGAUUCCCUGCUUAUGAGCUUUGAAGACUUCCCACAUCACAGUGAAAUGGAAAAGACCCUGUACGUACUACGACCUGUUACCCUCCUUAUGACUCUUGCUGUCCUCUUAACUUACAUGUCUUAGAAUCUGCUGUGUGUAUGUAUAUAUAUAAAUGGUUGCCUU